AAAGAAUGUGAUCUAUUUAAUAGAUCGUAAAAUAUUACGUAUCAUGCUAUAUGUAUAGUUCGUGAUUCUUAUUGUCAGUAAGAAAAUCUAUAUAUUUUUUCAAUUAAAAUUUCAUUUAUAUAUUGAAAAAUAGACGCAAACAUGCCGACGUAUGAAAUGCCAUUAUUAUUACGAUUAGCAAACAAGGCAGAAUAUGUAACUAUUUUAAAAGAUGUAGCAAAGUCAAUAUUUGAAACAGGUGGAUUUAUUAGAAAGAUUGAAAAUUGGGGUAUUAAACAACUUCCAUGUAAAACAAAUAUUCAUAAUGCUACUCAUACACAUGCAAACCAUUUCAUGUUUUGUUUUGAUUCGCCACCAUCUCAAAUUAUUAAGAUUCAAGAAGAUUGUAGAAGAAACAGAAGUAUAAUUAGAGUACGGAUAUAUACACAAAAUGUGCCAUCUGAAAAUGUAAAAUGCACAUUUGAAGAAGAAAUGUUACCUCCAGCUUAUAGACCUAAUGUUCAAAAACUUUUGGAACAAGCUAAGAAACACAAGCGUUAUCAGACUAAAUUCAAAUAUAAUUCUGGUCUUGAUUAUUAUCCUUUCAUGAGAUGAAAGAAUUAUUUGUUCAUAAAAGCUUAGAUAAAAGUAAACAAAAUAAAAAUUGAUAAGAGAAAAAAUCAUUUAUUUAUGUCUUUUUAAGUCAUUUAUUAACUCAUAUUAUCAUUACAUUAUGAAAAAUUAUUUUUAUAAUCAUCAAAAAAUAUUUGUACAAAAUACUUAAUAUAAUAAUAUAUCAUUUAUCAUUAUACAAUAACUAUAAUAGUUAUCGUCUUACGCGCAACGAAUCUUUUAAAGUAUAAUUUGGUUACACUGUAACUCGUAAAGGGUUUUAUAAUAACAGUGACAAAGCCACAGCUCUGUUUCAUAAUUUAUCUGUCAUAUUUAACAAAUAUAUAGUCAUAUUAUCCAAUUGUGUUUAGUAGCACAACAUAUUUUUUUUUGUUUAUAUUUGCAAAUAAAUUGUUUUUUUGUUAAAGAAUCUUUAUAAUACAUUAAUAAUGUAUAUAUUAUGUUUUAAAGUAUAUAUCGAAUUUUUAGAAUAGACAUAACUUUAUAUGUAACUUUGAGAUUGCUUAUUUCUUUAAAAAGGAAGUACAAAAAUUUUUAUGUUGUACUUUUCUAUCUUUUUGUUUAAAUACAUAGAAAAUCAUCUAUGCGCAAAAAUGAGUUUUGUGCACCAUUUAGAAUUAAUCAUUUGGACCACGAUAA